CCUGCAUUGCUUGCUGUUUGGGGUUUUAGGCUGGGUUUCUGUACAGCACUUUGAGAUAUCAGCUGAUGUACGAAGGGCUAUAUAAAUAAAUUUGAUCUGAUUUGGAUGGUGGAGUGUGUACUCCACCUGUGGAUUUCUAUUCCAAGAGAAGAGGUCACUUAAGCGUACCUAAUUAGUAAAGAAAUUACCGUUGUGAUAGCGUGAUGUGACUAUUUUAUGCAGAAAUAGUUUGGCGAUUGGUCACAUUUGUAAGCCCUCACAUAAUAUGCAGGGAAUUGUUGAUUUUGCAAAAAACAAUGCGAUGACAGAGUACUGGAGUAAACUCCCAGUAAUCCCUGUGACUGCGUGUAGGUUAAGAUUGGGUUGUAUCAGUGUGAGACAUUCCUACCUGUCAGCUAGUAAUUGUUCUGUCUGGUGACAUGAUCAGAGUGGCCUGACUUCUUCCACUUAUUACAGAUGUCCGACUUAGAUAUGUUGAGCAUCCUGCUAUGAUGUCCAUUACCAAGCCGGAACACUCCGAGGCCAACCCUCAGUGCCAGACUGGCAGCCGGCCGGUGGCUGAGCCCGAGACCACUGCUGUUCACAAUAACAGUGGAGGCUGGCUCAGCUGGGUCUUUGGGAGUGGAAGAGUUAAUAAGAAGGAGGUUCAUCUACCUGAGGACAAAGACAGAUCUAUUGUCUGGGAUCCAACUCUGCACAGAUGGGUUAACAAAACUGAGCCCAAGGCUGAGAACAAGUGUGUACAACCACCUCCACGAAUGGGGACAUAUGGAUAUCAGGAGAACACUGGCAGUGUCCCCAAAGAGUGA